AUGGCUGAACAUAUUGAUAGUGAUCGACUUAAUAAUGAUCUUCGUUAUCGUUUUGAAUAUUUAUCAAAAUUUUUAAAUUUUACUAUAAAUGAUAUAACUAUGCUUAAUACAUUUUCAUCAAUUGUUUUACCAGUUAUUCCUGUAAUUGUUGAUUCUGUUUGUCGAAAAUUAUUUUCAUUUGAUAUAACAAAAGAACAUUUUCUUAUACAUAAUGAAAAAUUUAUUCCAAAAAAAACUAUUUCCGGUGAUACAUUAGAAUCAACAGAUAUGACAUUUCGUAAAGAUAUGUUAACUAUGUAUUUAAAAAAAGUUUUGACACAACAUGAUUGGAAUGAUACAUUUCUUCAAUAUUUAUCACAAGUUGGAAAAAUGCAUACAAAUCAAGCUGGUUUAUCAUCAAUUAAUAUUGAUUAUAUACAUAUUAAUGUUUUACUUGGUUAUUUACAACAAACACUUAUUGAUAUUUUAUGUAAUGCUGAUAAUAUAGAUGAAAUAAAUAAACAUGGAAUUUUAAUAGCUAUAAAUAAAUUAUUUUGGAUACAAAAUGAAUUUUUUACAAUGCAUUAUUUUAUUCCAUUAAAAGACGAUGCAAUUGUUAUUCAAACACCACCAUUAACAAAAAAAUUAAAAUGUUGUUGGAUGUAA